GCAAGUUUGAAAUAAUUUUCAUUCAUGAUCAAUGACAACAGAUGUUGCUUGUAUACAAACAUUAAUUUUGGAGUGCAAUUUCAGACCUCCCAAUCCUUCUGCUUAUUAAUCAUAGUGUGAUCUUAUAGAUUGAACACUUUUUAUUUUGCUACAUUAACAGGUAUGGGACCGCAUCAUAGCUCUGACGACGCAAUAUGUCUUGUCGUCAGAAAGAUACGUUAUCGCAAUGCUUGACAAACUGCUGCAUGAUCUGAAGGGGACCACGUCACAGCCUGUGGAGAGGCCAGCGAGGAAAACAAGGGCCGUAAAAUCAAUGGAGAUGCUCCCAACCCGGCGCAACCCUUCUCGCAAUGCCCGAUACACGCCGCUGGACGAGUACAGUAUUGCACACAGGAGACAAAGACGUGGAUCUGUUUCAUCUUCCAUCUCGUCUUCAUCGUCCGCCACUUCACCCUCAUCUUCACCAAAUAAACUGUUUGUGCGGUUUGGAUUUUUCCAGAAAUCAACUGGAAGACCAGAUGAGGCUGAUGAAACAGAUUCUAUGAAUAGUGACAAUGAUGAAGAGGAGCCGACUUUACCAAAGCGAGCCCACAGAAUUGUCCACGACUCCCGUCCAGCCGAAGACAUCACAGAGGAUGACAUAGAAAUGGUGGCCGAGUUAGUCAGUGAAAAGAAAUAUGACAGCUUUUAUGGGACAUCCUGUCACCAGUGUAGACAAAAGACCAAUGACAUGAAGACUAUCUGUCGAUCAGGGCACUGUAUCGGGGUGAGGGGACAGUUCUGUGGUCCCUGUCUGAGGAAUAGGUAUGGAGAGAAUGCCAAAGAGGCCCUGAAGAAUGAGAGCUGGAGUUGUCCCCCCUGCCGUAAGAUCUGUAACUGUAGUUUCUGUAGGAAGAAAAACGGAAAGGGAUGUACUGGCAUCCUCAUACACAUGGCCAGGACACAUGGCUUCAGCGACGUCAAUGCAUACUUACAAAGCUUGAAGAAAUAAAAGACUUAUAGAAACCUCUCGUGAAGCAUCAGUUGGCAGACUAUUGAACGUAACCAUGACAACAUGAGAUGACUGAAACAGAUGGCAUAUACUUGUGGUGCAAUGUGAAAAUGGUUGAUUAUAGAAAUACAGAUAUUUGAAAGCUUCCUAUUUCAAAUAUUCUAAUUGUCAUGUAGGUUCUGAUGUUACAGUCACUAUUCAGGUGCCCCGACUCCAGAAUCACUAUGUUAAUUUAUUAUGUGGCAUAUUUCUUCACAGAGAAAUACCAUUGGUAAGAUAAUAGCACAGUGUAAUUAACGAAUGCUGAGUAUAAUGACAAUCAGCAUUGUCCUUGUAUUGUCUUCAUACGAAAGGAUGAAAUAACCGAGAAUCUACUUGUGAAUUUGAUUACUGGAUCAAUCUGAUGAAUCAAUUAGAAAGCUUUAACAUGUGGGUUAAAUGUAUUAGUGCUAAAGGUGUGGUAGGUCUUCAGGAAAGCAGAUUGAUAGAGUGACUGUAACAUAGCACUUGUAUGGUUAUUCUACUAUUAUAAAA